GUGACAGAGCGUUGCAGUGCUUCACAGCACGGUGUGAACUAUAGUCGUUCGUUUCAUACUGGCAAAACAUCGCUACAGCUGAACGGAGUGGAGGCUCCGAGGAUAUGGAAUUAGCUACUCACAGUGAGUGUUGUGAUAAGCGCGUUGAUGAUAAGGAUCUUGUGAAUAUGUAUGGAGGUGUGGCAUAUGACCAUGAUAGCAUGCCAAAACUUCUUGCUGUGCACUUUUCAGCACAUGAAAGAAUGAAUUCAGGGGUCAACCAUGCAGAAAAGCCACAAUGUUCCACGGUGGAGUCGAUGAUCAAGAACUGGCGCUCGAUUUUAAUUGGAAUCAGAAGCAGCUCAGAAGGACUUGGGGAAUUAACCAGCCAGAGAUCAUAUAUUGAUCUGAAAGAACAUUUAGAGUCGGUUACAAACGUGAAAGGAGUUUCGUUGACGGAGUUUGGUUUGGAGCAUUUCAUUCAAGGUAAUUCACGAGCUUACAAUUCGAUAUCCUCAACUUCGGCCGUAAGGGAAUUUUAUGACAAGAGAUCACCAUAUAAUGGGACGUUGGUAAACCACCACGAUAACUCCGAUACGAAAUACAGGUUAAGCUGUGACAAGAUUGCCACAGGCGAUAAUCAAGCAGGCAAGUCACUAAUACGUCACUUGUUGCUUAACAAGAAUGAAGACAAUUUCAAGUGCUCAGCGGCUGUUGCAGAAUUGAUCCCACCAUCUGAAACAUGGUCCUCUUCGGUUAAUUUAAGCGCAAAUUCUUUUACAGCUUCUGACCUCGGGAAGCAGAAUAAUGACAAGUUAGAGACCCUUGAAUGGCGUAAUGUUGGUGUGUUGGCCGAUACUCAGAAAUACUCUUUUGAGUUUUAUACUGACAAGAAUUCAAAGCUUUUUACAGACAAGGAUUUGAAAGCAUCAUCUGGCAAUGACUGUCGUCAACGAAAAGCAGAUGAAAGCGUCAAAACUGAAAAUACACCUACCUCUUCCAUGAAAACUCAUGAUUUCCCCGUCGGCAAAGAUAUUGGAAUUGCUGAUCGUUCAGAGGCAGACAAAAAGAAUCCAAAAUCCUCCUUUGGUAGUGUCAAGUUAUUAGAAAUAAAUCCGCUUGGAUGUGACGCAAAGAAACGUCAAACUGACUGCCUAAUACCUCGCAAACGGCCACGGAAGUCAUUUCCAAGGAAGCUCAAUCCAGGCAGAGGAAAUUUUGAUUUUGACCUCCUUAGCAACUGUAGUGAAGAAACGCUAAGUGCUGAUGAAAUAACUCCAGAGCUGUCCCCUCAGCGGUGCACAUCAGUGGCCUCUCCCGUUCACAAGGAUGGGUGUACUUCAAUACUUUCUUCUAGACGUGACCUAUGCAAACCAGUAGUUUCUUUUGGGAAAGGACAGCAGAGUGCAACAGCGGUUGCUGCAGUAAAGGAUGAACAAAGUUCAAUAGUGGCUUCCUUUGAAGAGGAAGUGAAGGGUUGUGAAGGUAGUUGCGCUGAAAGGGAAGAACAGAGGUCACCAGUAGUUUCUACUGAAAAGGAAAAGAAGAGUGUGGUGGCAGUUCAAUGCAAUACAGAACUUCCUCCUGAAAAGGAAGUCCAGAGUAUAUCUAAAGUUUCUCUCGAGAAGAGAGACCUAUCUGAAGCGUGUGUUCUUCCUGAAAGCAUGGGGUCUCAUCGAGUAUCACAUAGAGGGACAAAAAUAGUCUUCAAGAGGACCGGAGGUGUAUGGUCAGUUUCCUCACCGACGAACUUAGGGGUCGGAGCAGACAGAGCGAGUAAAGAAACGUGUAGCUCUGGCAAACCCAUGCAAAGUACUGGGAAUGUACCCAAUGCUGCUCAAGAUUUCAACGACCUCUAUCGUGAAAAACCAACUGAAAAGAUUUGCGUUUUCACCGGUCGGCCAAUUGCUUCUCUUUUAAGCGCUGAGGAGCCCUGUUUCUCUUCCGCGUUAGAUCGGGAAGCACGCAUCAAGGAACUACUCAUUAGACAAGAGAAGCUUUUGGCACAAAUGCGGCAGCAGACAGUGACGUCUCAAAACUAACCAGAAUGAUGCACAACCAGUUACACAGUAUUAUAAUUGUCGCAAGCGGUUUGGUUGUGUUUUGUUUUUAUCUCAUGUAAAGACUUUUACUGCGUAGAAAGUUUUGGUCUUUCUGCAGCAAACCAAUGGAUGUUGGUGUUUACAAAGCAAGGUCUUUUUUACGCUUACGAAAUGCUUUCUUGGUGAUAAGUUCUUGUUUUCGUAAUAUAGUGAUAAAUUGCUGUGGAUACUAUUUUUCCUUUUAUAAUAGUUACUUUGCAAUUUUGCAGUCAAAAUUCCUGAAAGCUACCUUUCGCGCUGCAUCAGUCGGUAUAGCGACAAAAACUAGUUAGAUCAUUUAAGUUUGAACAUUCAAGUAGUAUACACCUUUUGUUUCAGUCACACCUUCAUUUGAAUUACAUGAAAU